AUGCCCUUCAGAGCGACCGCCUCGGCCUGUCCGCCCCUGUGCCCGUCGCGCCGUCAACUGUUGUCCGGUUCCGGGGCAGAUCCCCACGUGGUGGAACGGUCGCCCUGUCUGCCCGCGUCCCGACCCCGCGGAAACAAUCCUGAGGCGACCAAUGUACGCUACGUUGACCGCGUCGGUAUACUCGAGAUGGUGGUGUCCAUUUCAUUUCCAGCCCCUCGUAUGAGGGCGUCAGACUGGAAGUCUGACCUGCCGGUCGGGGAUAUCACUGGCCGGAUGGGGUUUCAGCGAGUUGCGACAAGCACGUCGACGGCGCAGAGCAUGCAUGGAAGCCUUCGAGAAGACUCUCCCAAGGACGCAACGGACAAACGCAGGGGUGCGGCUGAGGAGCUGGAGAGACGAGAUCUGGCUGGCUCGGUGAUCCCGUGCUUCCCAUCUUGA